GGGCUUGUAUACUCCUAACGCUCCUCUCCCGCGCGUUUUACGUCGUUCAUUUUCUUUUCACUUCGUUUGCAGUUUUUGCUGAAAUAGAGCAGCAUAAUAAGCUCCUAGAAUGAUUGCAGGGGUCCUUUCUAGCGUCUGUCAUUCCCAACCAUCGAUCUUGGCCUGAUAUUACCCUUAUUCAUUAUAACCUCUAAAAAACCGAGCCUUCUAGCACUAAGUGACUUCACGCGUAAAGCACUAGCCUGCAUAACCAUCCUGUCAUCAUUCCAUCGUCUUUAACCCUACCUCCUUCGCAGACCUCCUCCUAGGGCGUAUCCUUCACAACUUGCUGCAAUAUUCCUCCACCUAGACCUGCCCCUAACUAGCUUCCUCGCCGUUUCACAACCCUCUAUAUUACCUUUAACAACUUAAUUAAGGCUGGCUUCGUAACGACCUGAUUAGCGGUGGCUUUCAGAGCAAUGUCGUCGCCCGGUCGAAUGUCGCCGGGUCGGAUAUGGGGGGAAAUCAAGCGCAAAACCGAGCACGCCAGCAAAGGUAUCGCCUCCCGUUUGUCUCACAACUUCCGCGGUCACUCGGGAAGCCGCAGCGGCCGCCGAUCACUGCACGAUGAUUCCGCCAGUGACGGCCGGGGACCGCGCGGGGAAGAGGAUGGUAGCCUCACCAUGAGCCCUGACGCUUACGCGAGCCCGAAUCGUAGGAGCGUCUCGAUUUCGAUGGCGUCUGAGGGUCUACCCCCAGUGGUCCGGCAUUCCUUCUCCGGACCUAUUCCCCUGAAGGACGACGAGGAGGUUCGGCAUGUCGCCGAGCCGACCAUCGCGGAACGGGAAACGCUGGGAGGCCAGGGGUGGUCUUAUAACGAGUCUACGGAAAAGAUCAGCGAGCGGGUAGCAAAUGAUAUGGCAGAAACGGGUGGGGGUGGAGAGGGACGGAGGGAAGAGGGUGCAGCAGCGGGCGAGGGAGAGGGUGAGGGGGACGGGAGAGGAGCAGAGGGAGGGGUUGGGGGAGAAGCAAGAGGGGGGUGGGAGGGUUGGGGGAUGUCGGAGGAACGGGUGGGGUGGUGCGAGGAGGCGCUGACGCAGCUGAAGCAGCGGAUACGAGAGCUCGACGCCGUGUCGAAGGUGACUGGGCAACGAGGAUACGUGGAGGCCUUUGAAACGCUGCGGGCUCAGGCGAACAAGGCCUCUGGGGAGAGCAAGCAGCACUCAACUUCGGCAAUGCUGCCAGCGAACCGCCCAAAGAACCGCUACGUUGAUGUGCUGCCAUAUGAGAGCUGCCGGGUUAUUUUGGGCGGGCAGGGAGAAACACAACCGGACGCCUCAGAUUACAUCAACGCGUCCCACAUUGUCAUGGACGCAUCCGACCCCCACAUGCCGCGGUACAUUGCGGCUCAGGGCCCGCUGGACGAGACUGCAGGCGCCUUCUGGCACAUGGUGUGGGAGCAGCGGGUGGCUGCCGUCAUCAUGCUCACCAGAGAGGUGGAGGGGUCUCGGCUCAAGUGCUCGCACUACUUCCCAUCCGCCCCUGGCGGCUAUGAGGCGUAUGGGCACAUGCGGGUGAGGAACGAAGCGACGGAGGAGAUGAGCGAUGGGGGCACCAUCAAACGACAACUCACAGUGGAGAACGACAUGUCGCCAGGCUCUCCUCUCUCCCUGCUGCACCUGCACUACCUGGACUGGCCGGACCACGGGGUGCCGCGGGACACUGAGUCGAUUCGAGACCUGAUGCGCUUCCUCAGGGACUCGCCCGUAUCCAGCGGGCCAUUCGUCAUCCACUGCAGUGCUGGCAUCGGCCGCACAGGGGCCUACUGCGUGGUGGACCAUGCUGUGCGCAAGGUGCUGCAGGGAGAUCUGUCUUCACUGGACAUGGCAUCAACGGUGCUGCUGCUGAGAGCGCAGAGGGCAGGCAUGGUGCAGACGAAGGAGCAGUACCGCUUCUGCUACACGGCGGUGCGGGAUGAGCUCAAGCACCUGAUCAAAACCUUCAACAGUGGCCCCGACUCUGACUCCUCUUGACUCCUGACUCCUCCUGACUCCGACUCCUCUUAAAAACACCCAUCAUUAUUCAUUGCCCGCCACGCAUGGGAGGGGACAGAGCGAAGCCGAGUCUGACUCCUCUUUGCGCCGACUCCUCUUAACAACAACCAUCACUAUGCAACGUCUCCUACACAUUCACGGUCUGUUUUGCAUGGGAGGGGGUAGAGGAGCGUGCUGAAUGUAAGGUCGCUUGGUACAUGCUGUGAAGCACCUGUUCUAAACCCAAUGACUAGUGGGCCUGACUCUGCUCUUGCUAUUAGGUAUUAGAAUUGGAAUUGAAUGAUGGUAAAGUGAGAGUACACACAAAUAUACCUAAGUGUUGUACCCUCUAAGAGGCUACCCUAU